GCUGCGUCCUAAACGCGUGCAGUAGUGCACUAGUUAGGGUGUGAGAGCUUGUUGUUAUUAUUAUUAUUGUUAUUAUUAUUAUAGGAUGGAGUGUGUAGGGCGUAGGGAGCGAGCUGGAGUCCGGAUCAGAGUUCUGAUUCAGCUCGGUGGUAUGAAGUAAAACCGGGAGCUGUGUUUAAAUUUCACACCCUGAGCAGUGCACGUGAAGAGGGCAAACACCGGGAGGGGAUUUGGGACGGAGCCGGUAGUCGGUAUACACACACACACACACACACACACACACACAGAGCGCGCGGUGCUGCCGGUGAAAGAUGGCGGCGUUGCGCAGGAUGGUGUCGGUGCUGGUGAGCAGGUCGGCGGCUCGGUUCGGGGCCAGAGCGCGCGUGAGGCAGAGCGCCGGGGCGGCGGUGGGAAUCGGGCUCGCGGCCGGUGGAGCGGCGGUGCUGUACCUCAGCUACCGGGGAGCGCGCGCCGGAGUGCGCAACAACGCGCCCGUGCUCGCGGAGGAGCCGCAGAACCGGCAGUUGAACCUGGAGGACGGAGACGUGUACAUGUCGUCCCAUGAGCACCGCUUCCGACUCUUCAGCUCGCUGGAGUACGAGGGUCAGCUGUACAUGACGCCUCAGAACUUCAUCGAGUCAGUGACCAUGAGCGAGCCGAGGAGUAAGAAACCGUGGAGGGCUCUCAGUAAACAGGAGCUGGAGAAGAUCCUCUCCGAGACGCCUCCGGUGUGGAAAGGAAGUUCUACCCUUUUCCGAAAUCUCAGAGAGAGAGGCAUCAUCGCUUACACAGAGUAUCUCUUCCUGCUUUGUAUCCUGACCAAGCCUCAUGCUGGCUUUAAAAUAGCCUUCAACAUGUUCGACGCCGACGGCAACCAGAUGGUGGACAAGCAAGAGUUUCUGGUGCUGCAGGAAAUCUUCCGGAAGAAGAACGAAAAGAAGGGACGCAAGGGAGAUGCCGAGAAGUCAGCUCAGCUGAGCAUGCAGCUCUACGGAUAUCAUGUCGCCCCGGGCACUAGCGUGUCGAAAAAAGAGAGCCGAGAGGAGUGUGUGGCGCGGAGCUACUGGGACGUGUUGAGACGAAGCGCCAGCCAAGCGCUCUUUUCUGACCUGGCAGAGCGCACGGACGAGAGCAUGACUAUCGACACCACGCUGCUUAUACACUUCUUCGGGAAGAAAGGGAAGGCAGAGUUGACGUUCGACGACUUCUACAGGUUUAUGGAUAACCUCCAGACAGAGGUUCUGGAGAUCGAGUUUCUGACGUACUCCAAAGGCAUGACCACCAUCAGCGAGGAAGAUUUCGCUCGCAUCCUCUUGCGAUACACCAACGUAGAGGACAUACGCAGCUACCUGGAAAACGUGCGGCAGUCCAUUCCUGACGAAAAGGGCAUCACUUUCGAAGAGUUCCGAUCUUUCUUUCAGUUCCUUAACAACCUCGAAGACUUCGCUAUCGCCAUGCAGAUGUACAACUUCGCCAGCCGUUCCAUCGGACAAGAUGAGUUUGCGAGGGCGGUGUACGUAGCGACGGGGCUUAAGCUCACUCGGCACCUAGUGAACACCAUCUUUAAGAUCUUCGACGUGGACCACGACGACCAGCUGAGCUACAAAGAGUUUAUCGGGAUUAUGAAGGACAGACUGCACCGUGGAGGCCGGGGCUAUAAGGAUGUAGAACGAUUCACUUCCUUCAGGUCAUGUCUGAAGAAGGAGCUGGCAGGAAGCAGGUGAGCGGUGAGUCGGUCCUCAGCUGUGUGCCAUCAAUCUGGAGUCCAUUAAAGGAAGGAGCCUUCAUCAUCAUCAUCAUCAUCAUCGUCAUCAUCAGCAGCAUCAUUGUCAUCAUCAGCAGCAUCAUCGUCGUGAUCAGAAGUCUUCCGUGGAGCGUCAGCUGAAACGAUGCUGCAUUCUGCAUGUUCUGCAUGACUUUCUUCCCGUCUCUCAGUACUUCCAGCACUGGAAUAUUACUUGAAGUGGGAAUUCCGUAUUAAAUUAAAUUAUUAAAUUAUUAAACUAUACAAAGCAGCACACUAUGAAGCAAUCUCUGUUUAAAAAUGCACACAGGUCAUGAUCCUGCUGUCCUUCGUAGCCUGUACGAUUUCAGUUUAUUAUUUUUAGCAUUAUAACCGAACGAGCCGAUUGUGAAACCGCUAUCCUAGUUUUCUUUCCUGAAAAAAAAAAAAUUUAUUACUGCUAACACUUUCUACCUGGAAUUAUUUCUUGUCAUUCAUUUAAUCAGAACAAAGUGAAACUAAAGCUAGCGAACUAGCUAAAGCAUAGCUAAGAAUAUCCUGCAAAAAUGUCCUGCAUUUUCUUCUGUAAUACCAUUCUUGAGUUUCGAAUCUGAUUGGUCAGGAGGUAUAUUAUCGUUUCCAUAGUAACAGCUCAUCCACAGUGACAGGGAUAAUCUGAGGCUAAUAAUAUAAUAAACAGAUUAAAAAUGCGUUGUCUUCGUUGUUGGACAAAGAAAAAUGUGUAGUCGUUGAAACGGUGACGUUUUCUUUAGGAUAAGGAGAUGUUUAUUUAAUAUUUACGGAAGGAGUCUCCAGUGUCAGAAGGUAAAACUGUAACUUUUCCGACAUCUUUCUCCGUAAUAUGACAAACUGUAGUUUUUUUUUUGCCUUAUUAACUUCAAGAGAGAGUAAAAAGAGAGGUUGUUGAAGGAACGACUGUUUGCAGCUGCUAUAACGCAAGCGAUAACAUGAACAUUUAACAAUAAACGUAACUAUAAAUGGAUAAAUAGUAUGAAAAUUGCAAUUGCUGUAGUAUAAAGGGGAAUAAAACACUUGGGGUUGUGCUGUUAUAAGAAAUGAAUCAUCUUCGUGGUGGUAAAAGUAACUCGGAGGCGGAGUUUCGUUCCUUUCCCCGUCACUGUUAUAUUAAAGACAAACAUACGGUGAACCUAAAGUGCCUCAUUACAGUGAUAAAGAUUGUUGCCCUUUUCUGAUUUGUUUAGAACUAAAUAAUUCCAAUUUAAUCAUUUCUAACAUUUCUGAAUUCACAAAAAUAUUUAAGAAUUACAGUUUUAUUUUUCAAGAUUUAAGAUCUUUAUUUGUCACAUACACCGUUAUAUACUGUAUAUAACUUACACUGAAAUGAAAACCUGGUCUACUCCUCUUCCAGCUGUGCACUUCAAUAACUAACAGUAACAUUUCAAUAACUUAACAACCAGAAAUAAAUAAAAAAUAAGAAGAAAUAAGAAAUAUAUAUAUACGGUAUAUAUACAGGAAUGUGCAAAAAAUGGAUGUACAGUAUAUGCAAGUAUGUAUACACAUGUAGUAUUUGUAUACACAUCCAGUCUUUAAUCCCGUCACAUCACAGCUUUAAUCAAACCCUUAAAUGUGUCCUAGCUUAUGGGACGGUUAUAAAUAUGACCGAGACGCUAAAUUGUGGAUUUUUCAGUGUGUAAAAAUCGGAGAGCUGCAUGUGACACUGUGAUCUGUUUAAUAAUGACGUUAAUCACAGAAUUUCUCGACUUGUUUCCACUUUCAGUAUGUGCACGAUCUGCGUUUAUCUGACAAAUCAGACAGCCUGCGAUUAAUAACCUGUUUAAAUGAAGUUAAAAAUGCAUAUAAUAAUGAAUAAUGUAUAUUUAUAUUGCAUACUAUUGUGUCUAAUUCAUUUUUUUUUAAAUACUAAUAAUCAGGGGUUGUACUUGAAUAUUUAAGAAUUAGAUUGUUGUAUGAAAUGCAUAAUUAUUUUCCUUUUUGUCGGUUUUAUGAAGAUAUGAAGCUACGAUAUGAAGUAAAUCUGGGUUACAAAGUUAUUGCUGUUCAGUGAAAAUACACGAAUAUCCUCCUUUUCACCCUGUAGCCUGGUUGGGACUAUAAUAUAACUUCAUUAUCAAAUAAAAUGUUGUUUAUUUGUA